AUGGAUGGCACCACCUAUAACCCGGACACCAAGCUCGCCUCCAUCCAGCCCGGUGGCCACUGGCAGACCGUCUACGACACGCUUGCUCCCCACGGUGUUGUUGUCACAGGUGGCCGCGCUGGCACCGUUGGCACUGGUGGGUUCAUCACGGGAGGCGGCAACUCCUUCCACUCGGCCUCGCACGGCAUGGCGUGCGACAACGUCGCCAACUUCGAGGUCGUCCUCGGUGACGGCAGUAUCGUCAACGCCAACAGCACCCACAACGCCGAUCUCUGGCAGGCCAUGAAGGGCAGCUCGGCCAACCUCGGGCUCGUCACCCGCUUCGACAUAACCCCCGUCAUCUGGGGCGGCAACCUCAUCUACGACCUGUCGGCCGGCCCCGCCGUCGUCGACGCCAUGGUCGAGUUCGCCGACAACGUCCACAAGGACGAGAACAGCUCCUCCAUCAUCUACUGGGCAUACAUCCCCGCCAUCGAGGACACCCUUGCCACAAUUGACCUGAUGUCCUCAGUUGCCAAUAAGCUUGGCUCUGGCCAGCCGGCUGGUUUCCGCAACGUCUGGUUCACCGCAUCAUUCAAAAACAACUCCAACGUCAUGAAUUACGCCGUAGACAAAUUCUACGCCCUCAACGCCGAGCUCGAGGACCUCCUCACGGCCGAGUCCGGCUUCAACACGCUCUGCAUGUUCCAGCCCAUCUCCAAGUCCAUCGUGGACAAGGGCGUCCGCAACGGCGGCAACAUCUUCGGGUUGGAGCGCUACACCUCGGGCGGCAGCAACGGCAUGCUGUUCCUCGCCACGCUGGCCAUCAGCGGCGCCGACCAGGAGGCCCUCGCCCUCCCGCUGAUGCGCGACUACACCGCCGAUGUCGAGGCCUUUGCGAGGGCGGAGGGCGUGUACUGGGACUGGAAGUUCCCAAACUACGCGCACAGCAACCAGGACCCCGUCGCUAGCUUUGGCGUCGAGAAUGUCGCGAAGCUGAGGGCUGCGUCGGCCGCGUAUGGCCCGCUGGGCGUGUUCCAGAGGCUCCGCACCACGGGCUUCCAUAUCCCCGAGUGA